CCUUCUUCUCCCGCUGCAGUUUCUGAAACCAUCUCUGUUUCACUGAACAAGAGAGACAAACUCUUUUCUUCUUCUUCUCUCUCCUUUUUUUCCACCACUCCUUCUCUCUCAUUAAUUAAUUUUCUUUUCAUUACAUAUCCCCACCACUUUUAAAAUCUCCAGGUAACGUCGUCUCUUUUAUCAAUAAAUAAACAAAGAAGAAGCUAUAAUCACAAGAAUACAAAAACCUCUCUUCAGCGUAUCUCAGUUUCAAUUUUUCAAUUGCAUGGACGGUUGUGUUUCUCUUUCAUUCAUCUCAACGGUCAGAUUCAUUCCUCUUCUUUUCUUUCCGUUUCUAUUUCUCUCUGUGUCGUAGGGUUUUGUUUUUAUUUUGUUUUUGAUGAUGAACUUUGUGUGUUGACUGUUGAGGUGAGAAUUUGAAAUUAGCCUUGGAUCUACUGUUAUUUACUGACUUGCCCCUGCACAAUGCCUUCUUCUGGUUAUCCUUUCUACGAACAACAACAGGCACCAUGAGUAGUGUUCUUCUUCGUCCUAUCAUCAUCAUCACUCCUCCGUCACGUGACUUGUUUAUGCAAAUUCCUUCUUCUUCUUCUUCUUCGACAUGGGGUGUGGAGGAUCCAAAAUCGAUGACUUACCGCUCGUGACGCUCUGCCGAGAACGCAAGCAGCUUCUGAAAGAGGCGUCCGAACACCGCUACGCAUUCGCUGCCGCACACGUGUCCUACUUUUAUUCGUUGAAGGAAGUUGGUGACGCGUUCCGAAAAUUCGUGGAGGAAGAGCUCGUGAUCGGAGGUUCUGGAUCUUCCCCAGACUCUCCGGUUCUCACCUUGCCGUCCGACGAAGGCAAAUCCUCGUCCAAGCAAAGGAAAAUCCGGAACACUUCUUCGUCCACGUCGAUUUCUCAUUCCGUUGAUGAUAAGUUAAAAGAGGAAGAAAUACACGAAGAUUCGCACUUGCAUUUGUCUUCCGGGUCGGAUUUGGAUACGGACUCGGAUUCAGGUCAUAUCCAUAUAGAGGAUAGCGACGAAGAUGGACAUGAACAUGAACACGAGCACGAACACCAUGAACGAGAUGAGCCAUCGUCCUCUUCGUACAAUGGUUUCAAUUAUCCAUAUUAUCAUGCACAACAAAACUUUGCUUACCCUCCAAAUCAACAAGACUUUUCUUACCCUCCAAACCAGCAAGACUACGCUUACCCUCCAAACCAACAAAACUACUCUUACCCUCCAAAUCAACAAGACUUUGCUUAUCCCCCAAAUCAACAGACCUGGGCAUACCCUCCAGAUCAACAAGACUGGGCAUAUCCUCCAAAUCGGAACUACAACAUGUAUUAUAUGAAAAAAUCUGCUGCACCGGCGAAGUCUGUUGUUUACGAGGAGCCCGAGCGACAGUAUGCUGGGUCGGGUUAUGGAUACGGCUACGGUGGGCCGGGUUAUCCGCCUAUGUAUCAGAGUGGUGGGUUUUUCGGGUUCUCAAUGGGUUCACCUUCAGGAAAUGAUCAGCGGACGAGUCCACCAGCUAAGCCGCGGCCACCUCCCUCGCCGCCGAGGGUGUCCACGUGGGAUUAUCUGAAUGUGUUCGACACUUAUGAUGGCAGUAGUAACAACUAUGGUAUGUACCCGGGUUCAUUUAGAUACGGGUACAGGUCGAAUUCGAGUAGUCCGGAUUCGACUGUGGUGAGGGAGAGAGAAGGUAUUCCACCUUUGGAAGAUGAGACAGAGCCAGAAGUUUAUAAAAAUGAAAAAAAGAAAAAUAAAAUAAACGAUGAAAUGAAUGUAAACGUGAAAAGUGGUAGUAAUAAUAAAAACAAGAAUGUGAACUUUGGAGAGGGAACGUCUAGGUCAGUGCCAAUGCGAAACGCUAGUAGUGAGUCACCAAAACUUGAGAAAACAGAGCCUAAGGAGGUUAAGGGCAGUAGUGGUAGUAGUCUUGAAAGUAUUGUGUCAAAGAGUUCUGAAGAGGACAGUGUGAGAAAAAAGGGGGUGAGUUUUGAGGUUGAGGACUCACCAAUUACUACUGUUGAAACUGAAUCUUCCAAGCCCAGUAGUUUAACUACAUUGUCAGUUCAUGGAACAAGGGACCUUCAGGAGGUGGUAAAGGAGAUCAGAGAUGAGUUUGAGAUUGCUUCUAGUUAUGGGAAAGAGGUUGCCGUGUUGCUUGAGGUCGGAAAGUUGCCUUAUCAGCGUAGAACCACUCCAUUUCUUAAGGUUAUCUUUUCCAGGAUCAUGUACCUAGUUGCACCAUCCAUGUUAUCUUCACAUCCUCCACAUAGGCGUUCAGUUCGGUUAAGUUCUAGGACAAUGAAGAUGGCAAAAGCAUACUGUGGGGAUCCCGGGAAAGACUUUGACAUGAAUUCUGCAAACCUUUCAUCAACUUUGGAGAAACUUUACGCCUGGGAGAAGAAAUUAUACAAGGAAGUUAAGGAUGAAGAAAAGUUAAGAGUUAUAUAUGAAAAGCAGUGCAAGAGACUAAGAAUGUUAGAUGACCGAGGAGCAGAGUCCAGCAAGAUUGAUGCUACACAGGCUUCAAUCAGAAAGUUGCUGACCAAAAUUAAUGUUUGUAUCAGAGCAGUUGAUUCUAUAUCAAGCCGGAUGCAUAAGUUGAGGGAUGAAGAACUGCGGCCACAACUCACUGAACUAAUUCAUGGAUUGAUAAGAAUGUGGAGGUCCAUGCUAAAAUGCCACCAGAAACAGUUCCAAGCUAUCAUGGAAAGCAAAGUUCGCUCUCUUAAAGCAAACACAAGCUUCCGAAGAGAUUCUGGUCUAAAAGCUACACUUGAUCUUGAGAUGGAGCUUAUGAAUUGGUGUUCCCGAUUUAAUAAUUGGGUUAAGACCCAAAAAUCCUACGUUGAAUCCUUAAAUGGGUGGCUUUUGAGGUGCCUUCUUUAUGAACCUGAAGAAACCCCUGAUGGACAAGUUCCUUUCUCUCCUAGUCGGAUUGGAGCUCCUCCAAUUUUUGUAAUUUGCAAUGAUUGGUACCAAGCAAUUGAUAGAAUUUCUGAGAAGGAGGUGACGGGUGCUAUGAGUGGAUUUGCUUCAACUUUACAUCAGUUAUGGGAAAGGCAAGAUGAGGAGCAACGUCAAAGGAUCAAAGCAGAAUAUACCUCAAAGGAUUUUGAGCAACAGCUUAGGACAUUACGCAUGGAGAGGGGGAAAAUAGAACAUGACCAAGAUGCGUUGUCUGACAAAACAGCUGUGUCCAAGGUCUCGGGAAGUGGAGUUUCACCUCUUGAUGAUUUGAAGGUGGAUUUGGAUUCAAUGAAAAAGAAAUUGGAAGAAGAGAAAGCCAGGCAUAAGGAAGCCAUUAAACUAGUUCACAAUGCAGCUUCAAGUAGUUUGCAGGCAGGUUUUGUCCCCAUUUUUGAGGCAUUAAACAAGUUCACUGCAGAGGUAGUGAAAGUUCACGAGGAAGUCAGACUUGAGCAUACCGGAAACUCAUAGGGAAUGCAUAAAUUAGUAUUUUGGCUUCAAUCUGACCGUGGUGGCUUAUUUUGGGGAAGAAGCCUGCCUGAAUAUGUACAGUUGCAGUGAGAUCAGUUAUGUAUAAUGUUAGAUUGGCUGAGAAAAAAAAGAUCUAUAGGAAGUGAAUAUUAGGCAUUACAAGGAGCAACUAACUGAAGAUGUGAAGAAAGGGGAUUGUAGAAUCAUUUAGAGAAUGUAGAGUUGCAAGAAGUUCACGCAGCGCAUCCUUUGGGGAGCUCAAGAGUUGAAAUUGCUCGUUUCAAAAUUUUGGUAAUGUUUAACCCCUUUAAUUAGAUAGGUAGGAAUUUUGUACAGAAAUUCAUUUAUUGGUUGAUGGGUUGUGGGUAGAUGUACCGGUUGUCGCUGGAAUUGUUUGGGAAGAUUGUAGUCAGGAGUAGAUGUGUAGUGUUGAAACUUCAAAAUUUUGAUUAUCAAUCUGAUAAUGAAUGGAAAGCUAUUUCUUCCGGCCCUGCUUUUAACCGGGAAUUUGUUUCGUGUCAACUGAAGUAUAUGAAAGUGUUGCACAAGCAUUUUGCAUGCACAUCAUGUUUGUAGUUUUAUAAGUCUGAUGUUUUGAGAUUGUUACUGAAACAAUCUACUCAGAGGUUUUAUCUUACUUUUCAAGCAGUAUUGAAUUUUUCAGCAGUUUGCAACUGAGUUG